AAGGAGCAAAGACCGGUGCAGAUGAUGUUUCAGAAAGCGACCUUCAACAUGGCGUGUGUCAGCAAGGUGCAGGCGCAGCUGCUGGAGUUGCCCUAUGCGGGGCAGGAGCUGAGUAUGCUGGUUCUGCUGCCUGACGACGGCGUGGAUCUCAGUUCAGUGGAAGAAAACCUCACUUUUGAGAAACUGAUGGCCUGGACCAAGCCAGAGUGUAUGAAGAGUACCAAUGUUGAAGUUUUCCUCCCGAGAUUUAAGCUGCAGGAGAAUUACGACAUGGAAUCUGUGCUUCAGCAUUUGGGAAUAGUCGAUGCCUUCGCCCAGGGCAAGGCUGACUUGUCAGCAAUGGCAGCUGAGACUGAUCUGUGUCUGUCCAAGUUUAUGCACAAGAGUUUUGUGGAGGUGAACGAGGAAGGCACUGAGGCAGCAGCAGCUUCGGCGGUUUUGUUGGUAGAAUAUUGCCUGGUCUCCAGACCUCACUUCUCUGCUGACCACCUCUUCCUCUUCUUCAUCAGGCACAACAGAACCAACACCCUUCUGUUCUGUGGCAGGUUCUCAUCCCCGUAG